GACGAGAAAACAAAAUUAGAAUUCCUUUCGAUAAAUUGUCCAACUAAACGAUUAAUGCUUGGACUGAGAUUACUAAAAGAGAAUACAGAGUUAUGCUGCAGUGAAUGCAGUAUACUCAUAACACAGAAGCAGUACAUAUUCAGUAUGUCUGUUGAUGGGCCUUUAGCAUCAUACGUUAAUGAAGGAGGCUUUGUACAUGAGACACUGACAGUCACCGAGUCUUAUAAUCUUAAGAAAUCUGGUCGACCCACUACAGAGAACUCAUGGUUUCCAGGUUAUCAAUGGACUAUAUUGUAUUGCAGUAGGUGUAGGGAUCACAAGGGAUGGAGUUUUGAUGCUGUCAAGAAAGAUCUCGUCCCGCUUAAAUUUUACGGCCUGCGGAGACCGGGUCUUGUGUUCUCGGUCAAAAAACCCUCAGAAAAUGAGUCUUGAAGAAAAGAAAAAAAAGAUGUAAUCACUUUUCAUUUGUAACAUUGUCAUUGUUGUAAAUGUUUUUUAUUAGAAGAAGAAUAUAAUAAUGCUAAAAAUAAAA